UAGCGCUCAAAACCCAACGCGGCCCUUGCCGAUUUUUAAACGAUGUUCCAAUUCUGCAAGAGAUCAGACUCUGUGAGGCGCAUGAAUCACACGUUCGUCGGUGCGAGAAGGAGACAGAGCGGGAUACCUGUCUCCAAACCACUGUGCUGGGACCAGGAAACAUGUAUAUCUCUCUGCCAUGAUUGGGGACAUCCAGCUUCUAGGAUAACUUGCCGAUUUCUCCAUUGAUUGUGGCCCAGCUCCGCUCCGUUGCAGUUUGGCCGCACUAGUUGAACCCCUCCUAAUUUUCUGUCCGCCCUGAGAAAGUCUACCUACAACGAUUGCCGCGAAACAAAAUAUGAGCGCAACUGAGAACUCGGCGGUGCCCGGUUCUUCUCAGCCUAGAGAUGCACCAGGCCAGUCUGACGGAGCCCAGGCGGCAGCGCAAUCCAACGCAAACGCCGACAAUGUCAUUGAAGCUGAAGAGAUUCAUGAUGUUGAUGAGGCUGACACUGACUCUGCACUGGGAGAGGACACUCAGAGUUACACGACAAGCCUAAAGUCUGCAGCAACAAAUUAUAUACGCGAGAACGGCAGAAGAUAUCACGCUCCCAAAGAUUCAGCUUACUUUUUACCAAACGACGAGGAAGAACUCGAUCGAUUAGAUUUGUUUCAUCACUGCUUGUUAUUAAGGCAGGAUGGCAAACUUCACUUUGCUCCAAUCGGUGAAGACCCCCAGCGCAUUCUAGACCUUGGUACCGGAACUGGGAUAUGGGCAAUAGAAAUGGGGGACAAAUAUCCUUCCGCUGAGAUUAUCGGCAACGACAUAAGCCCAGUCCAGCCCACCUCCGUUCCCCCAAAUGUGAGAUUUGAAGUGGAUGACAUAGAAAGUGACUGGGUCUACUCAGCAAAUUUCGACUACAUUCACGGUCGCUAUCUUACCGGCUCGAUUAAAAACUGGCCACGCCUGCUGGAACAAGCAUACCGUUUCGUAAAGCCAGGUGGCUGGGUGGAAAUGCAGGACUUUGACAUGAUAUUCUAUACGAAUGGCGGUGAAUUUAAAGAAGGCUGUCCGGCCGAUGUCUGGGGCAAGAGCGUUGCAAACGGUAUUCAAUCUUUGGGACUCGAACCCCAUCCUGGACAUCAGCUUGAGGACUGGAUGAAAAAAGCAGGUUUUAUCAAUGUGAAAGCGCAUUUGCUUCCUAUGCCACUAGGUCCCUGGCCAAAAGACCCAAAGCUUAAAGAGGUUGGGACUUUUGAUUUGCUGCAGUUUCUCGAUGGCCUCGAAGCUAUUUCCUUGCGGGUAUUCACUUACGUCCACAAAUGGGAUCCGAAGGAAGUGCAAGUAUUUCUGUCGCAGGUCAGGAAGGACAUGCUCAACCCGAAGAUGCAGAUACAGCAUGAUUACUUUAUUGUUUACGGACAGAGACCCCUCGAGCAGAAAUAGAGAUGUCUUAGAAGGCUCAAAAGAGCGUGAGGCAACUAGUACCCGUAUGAUGCAAUGAAUAUGUCCAUUUGAAAAGACUGCUGGUCUCGUUCAGCAUUUUUCGUCGUCUAUAC